AUGGACUCUGCGCUGGUUGUGACCCUUAUUAUGAAUCCUGCGACAGCUGGUACUCAUCCUCUUACUGGUCUGUUAUAUGGCUGCUGGGAUUUAAUGAAGAAGAUUAGUCAUUGUGCUAUCCAAAAUGUGUACAGAGAAAGAAAUUAUGUAGUUGAUAGGCUUGCGAAUGGCAAUUAUAAUAUGGACUUAGGCAUACAGUGGUUUGACUCUGCGCCUCCCUGGACUGUGGAGGCUUUGGCAGAUGAUCUGUUAGGGGUUUCCAGACCCCGUUCUAUUUGGUUGUUGUAG